AGUAAUCCCGUAGAGAGACAGUACUAAUAACUACGUCACGAUGGGGUUACACGUUUUCUGGCCCGCGACCGCUUGCCUGACGCUGUUCGUGGUUUGCAUAAUAAUACUGAUGCUGAAGUAUGGCGCGCGAGCUUGCAAGCUGCGACACGAGCCAUUACCUUCUGACCAAGAAUGGGAGGGUAAAGCGUACUCCCGAAAGCUGUCCAUCUCUAUGGCGUAAGAGUCAUGUAUCGGCCGCGAACUGUCCCGAAAAAAAGACGCAUCUAGAUCGUACAAUGUCUCUCUUCUAGGAAACAAAUACAUGAUCGAUGAGGAGAUUGCUGAUUAUAGAAUUUUCGCCGAUAUAGUUUACAAAAUCUUCUAAAAUUUGUACAAUUAUACAAUUGUAAUCUCUUCUGGGACAUACGCAUUCGCAACUCAUAAGCCUAUAUUCUGAAUCCUCUUUUAUCGAUAAAAGUACCUUAAAUGUAGCUCAGUCAAUCAGGCUGCUCCUAAACCCCUUUUAGAGACUCAUUUAUCGUUAAAAGAGAACUCAGAAUGUGGGCCAUAGUAUAUAUUGUAUAGACACAGAUUAGUCAUGUAAGACAAAUGAUCUGACAUUCCGUCCAUUUAUAUAUUUGUACUAAUGUUUUAUAUUACAUAAAAAGACGUAUACGUAUAGACGGCUUCUUCGGAAAUCAGUGUAAUGAUUGUUUGAAAAUUUUUACAUAAUCAAAACUAAUCGUUUGUAAGAUGCCUUUGAGAAAAAUCUCUAUAUCCGUCCAUGUAUUUCGCAUGUGUUCUUUUAUAUUAUCUAAUAUAUAUAUAUAUAUAUAUAUAUACUCCUGUUUUCGAAAUGAUGUAUGUGAUCUUAUAAACAGAGCACUUUUGUAACUUUUGUACCAAUAUGUUCUUCUCGAAUAAAAAUGUUAUAAAAAAAGGA